AUGGUGUCUGCUGCCAUCUCCGACACGCGAUACGAUGCCCCAGAUGGGCUCACCUUACAACGCAUACCUGCCCGAGAUCCCUCUGUCUCUGUGAAAGGCAUAAAGUGCACAUAUGACCCUUUACUCGACCGGAGCAUUUCGAGCUCCGAGAAGAAGAAGGCGAAACCGAUAUAUAAGGAGUUUGGUUUGGAAGAUGACGCCCCCCCUUCUGACCCUCGCCUGGCGAAAGGCGGGCGGUUAGAUUACAUCAACGUUGAUUUCCAUCUACCGCGAGCACGCCUACGCCAGGCGCCUUACAAUCUUAAGCCGUAUACCUGGGAUCGCAAGACCUCCGUAGGCCCAGGUCCCCCGACACAGAUCGUUGUAACCGGUUUCAAUCCAUUGAUCACCUUCUCCAAGGUUGCGGCCAUAUUCGCCUCAUUUGGCGAUGUGGCUGAAAGUAGUAACAAGAUGCACCCGGAGACGGGAAGUUAUCUUGGAUUCGCAACAUUCCGAUACAAAGAUGCAAGGCCAAACCGCUCGAGACCUGUACCAGUUUCCGCAAUUGAUGCGGCUAGACGCGCUGUGAGAUCUAUGCAUGGUAAGAGGAUUGAGGCAAACCCGGUCCGAGUUGAAUAUGAUCCCGAGGGCAAGAAAAGCCGGCGCAUGCUUGAGGAAGCUCUGAACAAGGAACGAGAGAAGUCACAAGUGCCACCCAAGAUUCCCACAGCGCCCCGAGCGACGAACGUCUUGCCUGGUCCUCCUCCGACAGCACCAAAAGGUCCAGCCGCAUACCGACAACCACCGCCGCCUCCGCCGCCUCCUCCUCCUCCCCCGCCCACUGCUCUCUCUGCAAGCGAGCCAGCAUGGGUUCCUACCGCGCCGAAAAAUCCAGGUCCAGUCGAACCGCUCUCCGUCCUGUCACAAAUACGACGUGAGCCAUAUAUCUUCGUUGCGCACGAAUUUGUUCCCGUCAUGCACACGACGAUCAUACACAUGAAGAAGAGGCUCAAGAUGUAUUCCUUCGAUGACAUUCGUUGCGACAGGUCUGGGUAUUAUGUCAUAUUCCGGGACUCUAUGUUUGGUCGUACAGAAGCGGAGAGGUGCCACAGGGCUGCCGACGGCACGGCGUUCUUCACUUAUGUAUUGAAGAUGAAACUCCAGCUGUACGGCACUGCCGGCAAGGCUUCGCAGACACCCACCGAUCAGCCAAAGGCUCGGGAUCGUAGUCCUGAUGCCCGGCCCACAGUGGAGGCACGACAGCGAGAAGAACGGGACCGAAGGAGAAGAGAAGACUUGAAAGACCUGGAGGAGGAAAAGAAGGAACGUGCAAAUAAUUUUGACCCGGUGUUGGAGGCCACCGAUUUUGUCCGACGAGAACUUGUGGAACACCUUAUCAAGGCCAUACGAACCAAGGUUGCCGCUCCGUCAUUAUUCACCUUUCUAGACCCUGCCAAUCAUGCGGCGAAACGACGACGGCUUGGUAUCAGCGAUCCACAAGGCGCCAGGCUUCCGGCUCUCGUUUUCGAGGAUAGUGAGGAAAAGUCUCCCGUCGGCACGCCAAAUUCUCGAGCCGAUCCAAUCGAGCGCCGUACUGGUCGCCUGGAUGUCACUGCGCUCCCACGCAUCCGCAAGGCAAAGAGCUCCGGUAUUGGACCUCGCAAGCAUGGCUUCACCGAUCCAUUCGCUCGCAAGAGACCUACCGUUGCUCGGCAUACAUUCCGUUCUCUCCAUCACAGGCUCAAGUUCGACAGCGAUGACGAGUCUGAAGAUGAAACAGAGAACAGGGAUUCCCUAGCCAGGGACACUGAAGAACCGGAAUCACGGCCUCGAAGCCGCAUGAGCACCGAUGAGGAUGCCAAGGACGAGUUUGGUAAUUGGGGCCCUCCCGAUGAGGAUUCCAUGACUGAAGCCAGCUUCGCUGUUGAGGGCACUGUGCUACCAACCAAGAAGAGGAAGCUCGACCUUCAAGUGGAAACUGCCAUCAAGCGUCAAAAGAAGAGCGACGAAGAGCUGUUUGGUAUUACGAUUGACCGCAUAGAAACCGAGUUUCCUCUCCGAGAAGCAUCCGAAGAUAUUGUUCUCCCAGAUGCAGAUGGAGCUGAAGACAAGGACACUGAUGAUUCGAGACUGCCUACACCGGUGCCAUCUCUCCAAGGCAAGAAGAAGCUCCCUGUCGCCAAGUUGAAGAAGAAGACAAAGAAGCAGAUCUUCGAGGAGAGAGAGGCUCUUAAGAGGCAACAAGAGGAAAUCUACGAGGAAGAGGCAACCCAGCUUGAGACUCCUGAUGAACCAACACCUCAGCCAGAUGCAGAACUUGAUCUAACGGCCAAGGAAAAGGUUCCUACAAAGGAGCCCGUCAAGUUAGAUGAGGAGCUCUAUCCGAGUGUCGUGACCUCUGCUCUUGAAUUACCCUCGGAUUUCACUCUCGACCUUAGUCAAUUCCAGAGACUAUCUUUGAAUGAUAGGGAUCUUCCUGACCUGGCAAGACUAAGGAAGAGGUUUAAUGUUGCUGAGAUCGGCGAUCCCGAGCUAUGGUUGUGGAGACGCGACCGUAUCCGGGAACUUAACUCAGCCGACGGCUCUACUGAGACUUCUGUGGGUAUUGGAGGAUAUUACGUCCCGAACCCGACAGGCUCUGCACGUACCGAAGGCAUCAAGAAGAUCCUCAACUCAGAGAAGUCCAAGUAUCUACCCCAUCAUAUCAAGGUCAAGAAACAAAGAGAAGAGCGCCAAGCCAAGGCGAGCAAGACCGGUAAAGAUGCAGCUCCGUCUGCGGCAGAAGCCUCGAGAAUCGCGGCUGAGAACCUGGUCGCCAAGGGUAAUUCUCGUGCCAAUCGGGUCAACAACCGACGCUAUGUCGCGGAUUUGAACGACCAGAAGAAGACGCUUGGCCAAGAUUCAGACGUGCUGCGGUUCAACCAGCUUAAGAAGCGGAAGAAGCCUGUUAAGUUCGCUCGAUCUGCCAUUCACAACUGGGGUCUGUAUGCUAUGGAGAAUAUUGCCAAGGAUGACAUGAUCAUUGAGUACGUUGGUGAAGAAGUGCGGCAGCAAAUCGCCGAACUUCGUGAGAACCGAUACCUCAAGAGCGGUAUCGGCAGCAGCUACCUUUUCAGGAUCGACGAUAAUACUGUUAUCGACGCUACUAAGAAGGGAGGCAUUGCUCGAUUCAUCAACCACUCUUGCAUGCCGAAUUGCACAGCCAAGAUCAUCAAGGUGGAGGGCAGCAAACGUAUUGUUAUCUACGCCUUGAGAGAUAUUGCUCAGAACGAGGAGUUGACCUACGACUACAAGUUCGAGCGUGAGAUUGGCAGUUUAGACCGCAUUCCCUGCUUGUGCGGCACGGCGGCGUGUAAAGGGUUCCUCAACUAA